AUGGCCGACCCCUUCCGCUCCAAACGCCUCCUCUACCGCGCACCAGAGUCCCCAGAAGACGAACCUUUCUUCCUAGGCAUCCAACAGGACUCCCUUGGCUACCAGAACUCCAAUAUCAGCAUACCUCGCCCACAGGGCAAAGGGAGUAUGUUAGGCGUUGUGAUUUGUUUGCCUCCUGAUGAUGACUGUGAGAGAAGCGAGGCAGAAGGGAAGAAACGCUCAUCCACGCCGAUCGGUGCAAUCAAGUUGAGCGCAUACCCCGCGAGAAUGAUGCACCACCGCUUCUCAGAGAUCGGGAUCGAUAUCGAUCAGGAGCAUCAGGGACGGGGCUAUGGGAGUCAAGCGAUUCUGUGGUGUUUGGGGUGGGCUUUUGAGAGGGCGGGAUUGCAUAGGGUUUUGAUCAGGGCUUUCGAGUGGAAUGAGGGUGCUGUGAGGCUGCCUAGACGGCUGGGGUUUGUGGAGGAGGAGAGGGGGAGGGAGGCGUUGUGGUUUGAGGGGAGGUGGUGGGAUGAUGUGUCGUUUGGGAUUUUGGAGGGGGAGUGGAGGGUCAUGAAGGGGAGGGGGAGUAGGGGGGAGAGUAGAGGGAGAGGGUAG